AUGGCUGGCCACAACCUCCAUCAUGAAUCCAACAAUUCGUCAUCCGCCAACUCAACCUAUUCCGACCUCAAUCCAACUUACAGCCUGACCCCAGUUCCAUCAGAGAGCAAAGGCAGUCCAAAGAUGUUACCAGAACCCAACCCGGUUGCUAGGAGGAAGAGAAAGGCUCCCUCCGUUGCCUCGUCCCGUGGUGUUGCACACCUCACACCGGAGCAGCUCGCGAAGAAACGGGCAAAUGACCGUGAGGCGCAGCGGGCAAUUAGGAAAAGGACAAAAGCUCAGAUUGAGACGUUAGAGCAACGGGUACAAGAAUUGACCUCACAGCAGCCGUAUCAGGACCUCCUGAAGGCGUUGAGCCAGAAACACGCAGUCGAGAAGGAAAAUGAAGAUAUUCGGAGGAUGCUGGCCUCUGUGUUAGCUAUGAUCCAGCCGGUCGUGAAUGGCGGUUUUUCUAAGGCUGCUAAUACAACUCCCAAUUCCUGUAAAACGGAGCCAGAUCCCUUCAACGGUAAUGGUUCUUGCUCUCGUUCCUGGUCAACCCAAUACCACGGCGCCCCGCCCUCGCCUGUAUCCAACUCUGAACUGCCAGUUUGCCAUCCCUCUACGACAGUAAAACCGGAACUUCCUCUACGCAUGCCCGCCUCGAGCUUCAACUCGGUGACGGCCCCUGGUAUGGGCCCUGUCGAUUCCCCACGAACCCUCGACAACCCCCCUCCUUCCGUUGCUGUAUCUCCAGGGCAUGCACUCCGUCCCAACUGCCCUGGGAGUGCUGUCCCCACACAUACUACGGACCCACGACGCCAGCCUAGCAACAAUUUUGAUUCUGAGAGAAAAUGUCUGUCGCAUGAUCUAGAUUUUUCAGGGUCGGGAGAACGGUUAGGGUUCAAUUUUCUCCUGUCCUCUCCUCGACAGGUUCCCAAGAUAUCGGAACGCAUACGGAGCUCCUCCUCUCCGCCCCUCAACGUUUCGAUGCGCUAUCGGCAUGUGCCCCCGUCCCCAUGGAACCAGUUUGACCCAAACAUUAGCCCCCAUAUGGUCCCUGUCCGCAACGUGGAUCCAACGUGCCCCAUGGAUGGCAUUCUCUUAGACUUUCUCCGCACCCGCCAACGCGAAGCGGAAGAUGGCACAUCCAAACAGGUCCUUGUCGGACCACCAUACCCCAGCGUCUCCUCACUCCUAAACCCGGCCAAGAGCGCAUACUCCCACCCCCUCUCAAAGGUCUUUACGGACAUCCUUAGCAAAUUCCCCGGCAUCAGCAACCUCCCCGAACAAGUCGCCGUCCUCUACGUCAUGUUCCUCCUCAUGCGGUGGCAAAUAUACCCCACCCAGCAAAACUACGACCGCCUCCCAGAAUGGCUUACCCCGCGUAUUUCCCAAAUCAUGACACCGCACCCUGCCUGGAUGGAUUAUCUACCCUGGCCACGCAUGCGUGACCGCAUGGUUGCCUCGUACAAAGACUACGAAUUUCAGAAUUGGUUCAUCCCAUACACCACCACGCUGAGCAUCAAUUGGCCGUAUGAGGGGACUGAUACGUUACUCACGACCGCAGACUCCGAAGAGCUCAUUAUAAACCCCGUUUUUGAGCGGCAUUUGCGGAACUUGAAUAAUUGGUCGCUCGGGCCGGCUUUUGCCAAAGCAUACCCAGGUCUUAUUGACACGACGAGGAUCGUUCCUGAAUUGAGAGACCAUCCCGGCCCCUCUGCUAGACCUAUCAAGUGA